CCCAAACUUCAGCUACCAGAGCCGGGUGCACUGCUCACACCCAUGGCACAACUUGAAGAGAUACUAUAGUUACAUGUAGUAGUGGUAGUGGUAGCUGCGCCCUUGUUGCACAUGGGAACUCCUUUACUCUGUCGCAAGGCAUUGGGCGCGUCUAGUGUGCUCGUGUUUAGCAUGCCUAUUCCAGUAUAUAUGGUACAUAAGUACUGACCAGCUGAUCACAGUUGCUUCAUUGCUGAGAAGUGCCUGCUUACUGACCUGGUGGUGUGCAGUUAAUGAUGUUGAUGUGACAGUAAUUGGAUGGAUCUGUCACUGGAUGUUGUAUUAUCAGGAAGACCAGCUUCCUUUGUAUUUAUCCCGGGUACUGCCAGUCUUAAAGGUAACCCGCGUCAGCAUAUUUCGCAAAUAACAAUUAAAUAUAUAGGAACCUCCUGUUUCCCACCACCACCACCACCAUCUCUUAUUCUUUGCCGCGACACGACACAAUCUCCUCUACUGUAAUGCCUAGCAUGUCCGAAGUGCUUAACAGACCUCAAGCCUUCCUGACAAUCUGUCAUUCUGUUGAGGUUCACCCUUGAAGAUUGCUGUCUAUCACUUCUCUAUGGUUUAAUACAGGACAAUGCACCAAAUCGCUGCCCGCUCACUGACUGAGCCAUGUCGCGUCAAUCUGUUGUCCUAUUGUCCGACUAUGGAUCUGAUCGCGACAGUCACGCCAGCAGGUUAUGGGUCUGGUCAGACUGCCAAGGACAUUGUUGAUGUUUGGCGCUUGAAUGGCCAGAGAGUCUUCGGAGCCACUUUCGAGAGUGCUGACGACCAUGAUGGAACACCUGCUGCCGCUCGCCGACAUGAGGGAGGAAGAGGCUCACAGACCAAUGACAAGGACAAAGAAAAGGAGAGAGGAUUUGUCAGAGCUCUUAGCUGGAGGAGAGACGGUCAGCUGCUAGCGGUAGGCUGCGCUGAUGGUACCCUCUCCUUGAUCAAUGCUUUCACGGGCAAGAUUGCACAUAGGCUCAGCGCCCGCUGUCCAGCUCUACCAGGCUUGUCAACCGCAGCAACAAGUCUUGGCUCAUCACAAUCCUCACAUACACAAACGGCAAAUCCAGGUACCUCUGGUCCCAAGUCCACAACCACUCAAUCAAAGCCGGUUGCCCAAACACGAGCGGCGAGUAUCUCCUGCCUCUCUUGGACCAAGCACUUUAUCUUUCCUAACGCUUCAACGAUCCGCUCGCGCCUCCGUCAGCCCGAUACAGGAGUCUCACUCGACCAAAUCCUGGGCCUCAAGGCCGACAUGGAGAACAUGCUCAAAUUCACAGUCAACCUGCCCCAGGGACUCACCGACGUCGAUGUCGAAGACUCCUUGCCGAAACUCGCAACCCUUCCUCCCCUAGGUGCAGCUGUCGACGACGAUGUCUUCAGCUCUCGUGCCAGUGUCGAUGCCAUCUUCCACCAAGAUGGGUCCGCUGGGCAGGGUGAUGGCGCUGUCGAUGUGCUGCUGUCUGGGAUUACAACGGAAGAGGGUGGAUGUGGAGUCGAUGUGAAGAUUUUGAACUCCUUUGAGAUUGGCUCCAUCAAUCUCGAGGGACCUUUGCAGAUGGAGGGCCAACAUCAACUUGUCAGAAUGGACAGCCACCCUUUCCUCUCGACAGUAUUUUUGGUCGUUGCUGAAUUCCCAACUGAUCAGGACCGCCCUUACCCUACAUACCACCUUGUCAGCCUUGAUCUCAACUUCAUCCCCCAGACAGGCCGCUACCUGGUGCUCGUUGCGAGGAAGGCAACGAUGCUUGGAAACCUGCUUCGAUACAUCACACAAAUCCACAUGCAGUUGGCCUCGGAGGUGAAAGCGGCGUUCGACCUACCCUCCCGUUUCCUGCGGAAUAUCAACGAAUCCCUGGCCGAAGAAGACCAGGACGCCAAUUUUUUGACGGCAGCAACCCACCUUCUCGCCACAGGCGAUUGUCGUCCGCGGCUCCGAGAGUGGCUGGUCGACGAAGUCGGCGAACGCGGUCUCAAGAGAUGGGAGAAAGCCGUGGGUGACUGUUUGGAUCUUGUCUGCAGAAUGGUCGGCGAGAACCUCAUGCCAGCCCUGGAGAGAUUCCAAGUCAGCUUGUCGCGAUUGGAAGGCCUUGCUAGGUAUGGACCCGUCAGCUCAAAGACAGGCCUGGAGCAGAAGGACGUUAUCAAAAUCCAAGAGACUGUCGACGCCCUGACUCUUUUCGCUGAAGAUCUGCUCAACGACGUUGGCAUCGAGACGAAGGAAUUCACAGCGUUCAUGAAAUGGAUGAAGUUCGAGUGCGAGGUCGAAGCGUUGGAGGCAACCAGCGAGCGCGCAGAAGAAUUACGAGAGUCCUACACCGGCGAAAACGAGCUCCCCUUGGUAUUGGACUACGUCAACGGCGUUAUCAAUGACAGCCGGCUGAACAAGUACAUUGCCAGCAGCACCGAUGACAUCGGUAACGGUCGCACCGAAGCGAUGUUCAAUGAGGACACAACUACGGGAUUCUACGCCGACUACAUUGAACGUAGAAACAGUGGCAAGAAGCCAAUGCCGAGUCUCGGAGACUUGGUCGCACGUUUGGAUGAGCAAUGCCAUGUACUGUUUCGCCAGAUUGCUGACAACUUCCGAAAGAGCAUUCUUACCAGUCAUCUGCUUGUGUUUCCUGACGGAUGUGACGGGCAAAGAAUGGAUAUCAGGAUUAUCCCAGCUGAAGAACGAGAAGGUGGUGCCGUGCCCGGCUCGCUCUAUCAUCUUGUUGCUUUGUCCAAGGAUUGUCUGGCCAAGGACAGAUUUCGGGUUGUCCGGGUGCCCCUGCGCCUCGAGGAUGGCAAAAAGCCGGUGAUGGAACAGUCGGACAAUGCCCAGAGGAUCUUGACGAAUGUAGAAGAUUGUGAUGAGGUUCUUGACGCCAAGUUUGUGGAUGACAGAAGUUUCUUGCUUCUGCUCUCAUUCCCGAACGACACCCGAGUUGGCAUCUACCAUUGUGAGUUUGAUGACGAUGGCAGGGUAAUGGAUGAUAUGAAACUUCGACAUUAUUUUCCAGGAGGCAGAAUGCACGCUGGAAUGAGGGCGGCACGCCUUGAAGUCAACGGCAGGGAAGGAAGACGAGCGGUCACGGUGAUUGACGAGGCCGCGAGGGGUUAUCUGGUCCUCGACAUCGACAGCGAUUCAGAAGAUGAGAAUUCCGAAGGAAACGACGGCGAUGAUGUUAUGACUACCUAGGGGCGUGGAUCUGUGGUGCCGAAAGGGGCACCAGCGGAUGUCCCGUCGAAGAGCCUCAGGCUAGGAUGAUGUGGAAGCUCGAGGAAAGCUCAUGUGCAGGUUAUGCUUAGCCAAAGAGCGGCAGAUGUUACAGUCAGAGCAGACGAGUUCGACCCUUGAUGAGGUCGAAAAUCCCUUGACCUUGGUUCCAGAGUUAAUUGUAGCAUAAUUACACAAAACACGCAGAAUGAGGCUGAGGGGUGAGGCAGAAGCGUUCCAGUUGUCCUGCACUGGCAGCGUCUAACGAGUCAUGCGCUGUGCCUGCGCCCUGUGCAGUUGGGCGUGUGCGCAUGAGCGCGAAGCGGUAAUACCUUGAUUUCGGUGAGGUCAGAAUGUUCUACGAAUUACUCCUACUACACACAUACUAGUAC